CUCCACAGAGAAGGUGCUAGAGGGAAUGACAUGGCCAAACUCAGCAGAAUAAUAGAGGAGGUCAAAGUCCUUGGCAAAGGUGACGCCAAUCACAUGCCAGCGGGUGGUGCCAUGCUCCAAAAGGCGGUGCCAAAUGCCACUCCAAAAGGCAGCGCCAAGGCUUCUUGGGAUCAGGAUGAUGCCAAGUUAGCUGGUCCUGUUAAUGGCAUGGAGGAUGUGGACAACAAGGGCCUGGGCGGUGCCCAUGUUGGUGGCGGCCAUGGCACAUGUAUCCUUGGCGAGGGCAGUUGGUAG